CACAUUUUAGAGAAGUACUUUAGAUCGGCAGAUAACGCAUGCUGUAUUGGAGUAAAACAAAAAUAAGCUAUAAAAAGGAGACUGCAAGCGAAUGCCCUUUGUUGCCAUAGACACUGUUGUCGAUACUUGAAAUUGAACGCUGCCUGAACUCACUGUACCAUUGAAGACAGCGUUUUCCUUCUGCCUAUCCCGGUGUGCCCCUUCCGUAUAGCAGGAAGGAAGUAGCCAUCUAGCUUGGGGGGGAAAAAACGUUCCGUUUCGGCAGCUCUGAAGAAAUGGCUGACAUGCAGGUGAAGAUUGGAGUUAUUGGAGGGUCUGGUCUCAAUGAUCCAGAUAUCUUGGAAGGAAGGACUGAGAAGUAUGUGGACACUCCAUUUGGAAAGCCCUCUGACGCACUCAUCGUGGGGAAGAUUAAGAAUAUUGAAUGUGUCCUCCUCGCAAGGCAUGGCAGACAGCAUACAAUCAUGCCAACCAAUGUCAACUACCAGGCCAACAUCUGGGCUCUGAAGGACGAGGGCUGCACCCACCUCCUGGUCACCACAGCCUGCGGCUCGCUCAGGGAGGAGAUCCAACCAGGGGACAUUGUCAUCAUCGACCAGUUCAUCGACAGAACCACAAAGAGGGCGCAGACGUUUUGCGAUGCCCGUCCCAACAGCCCCCCGGGGGUGUGUCACAUUCCCAUGGCCGAGCCCUUCUGCAGCAGGACCAGAGAGGUUCUUCUGGAGGUGGCGAGGAGCCUGGGGGUGAAGUGCCACACCCGCGGCACCAUGGUGACCAUCGAAGGCCCCCGCUUCUCCUCCAGGGCCGAGAGCCUAAUGUACCGCCAGUGGGGCGCUGAUGUCAUCAAUAUGACCACCGUGCCAGAGGUGGUGCUGGCUAAGGAGGCCGGCAUCUGCUACGCCAGCAUCGCCAUGGCCACCGACUACGACUGCUGGAAGGAGCACGAGGAGGCGGUCUGUGUGGACAACGUGCUGAAGACCAUGAAGGAGAAUGCUAACAAGGCCAGCAGCAUCCUGCUCACCGCCAUACCCCAGAUCUGCCAGAUGGACUGGAGUCAGACAAUAAAGGCCCUCAAAGCUACAGCAAUGUCUUCUGUAAUGCUGCCCAAGUACUGAAGAUAUGGAUUUUCUCUUACCUACCAAUAAAACCACGUAGAGGGACAUCCCGGUAAAUCUAAGCUGCGGAAACGUCAGGUCUGGCUAUCAGUGAGAAAUGUGCCUGAUACGCUUUUUUUGUAUUCACAUCCUGCUUCACAUACUUUGUACGUCUUUUUGUAUUUUCUUUUAGACAUAUUUCAUCCCUUUGUAAUAUCUACUGGGAAAUGUUUUUUAUGUAAUUAGGUACAGAAUUAUUGGCACGCUUGAUAAAGAUUAACAAAAAAAUAAAGCAACAUGGGUAAUGAGCUUUAUUGUGUGCUCCAAAAAUGGGAAAACAAGAACUCAUUAUCUGUGUUUGUUUUAUUUUAUGGAGCCUUUUUCCCCUCAUCUUCUUCAAGGGUGCCAAAAAAUACACAUACACUCACCAUACAGUGUGGGAUACAUAUGGAAAUGUUGUUUAUGUUGCACAAUUUUAUAUGGUAAAAACUCAAGUCCAAGAUUAUUAUUAUGCAACAAAGAUGGCUGUUGCUUUGUGUUUUUGUAACAAUCAGUCCUGAUUCUUACAAAAAUUACCUUCUGCUCUUCAUACCUGCUUUUAACCCAUGGAAAUAUUAAUCACCAGCAAUUGGCUUUAAUCAAGUCACAGCUACUCACAGACGUAUAAUUCAAGGGAGACGUGAAUUAUAACCUACGGUGGGUUGAAAACUGAAACAUUUAAUAACAUAUCAUUAAAAUGUCAUUAAAAAGUUCAUAGUGAAAGGAAAGCCUUCAUCUUCACAGUUAAUGUUAAGAUAUUCCUGUGCCUGUCCAUCAUUUCACCUAAUGGACUUUUUGGCAGUGUUUGCUUGACAGUGCCCUGCAUGUACUAGGUAGUCUUGCAUGCAGGACAUAUCUAUUUCAAACAACAUUAAAGAUCAUGGUUAUUUAAAACAACAUUACCGAUCCAAUGUUUUAUCAUUGCAUACGUUUCGAUGGUCUUCUGAGGAAUUUGGAGUAUGUAUGUACACUCACUGAGCACUUUAUUAGGAACACUACAAAUACUGGGUAGGGCCUCCCAUUGCUCUCAAAACAGCCUCAAUUCUUUGCGGCAUGGAUUCCACAAGAUGUUGAAAACAUUCCUUUGAGAUUCUGUUCCAUGUUUACAUGAUUGCAUCACAUAAUUCCUGCAGAUUUGUCAGCAGCACAUGCAUGCUGCAAAUCUCCUGUUCUACCACAUCCCAAAGGUGUUCUAUUAGAUUCAGAUCUGGAGACUGGGAUGGUCACUGAAGAACACUGAACUCAACUGUCAUGUUGAUGAAGCCAGUUUGAGAUUACUUUUGCUUUGUGAUAUGGUGCAUUAUCAUGCUGGAAGUAGCCAUUGGAAGAUGGGUACAUUGUGGCCAUGAAGGGAUGCACGUGGUCAGGGACAAUACUUAAAUAGGCUGUGGCAUUCAAGCAAUGAUUGAUUUGUAUUCACGGGCCCAAAGUGUGCCAGGAAAAAAAUCCCCAAUCCAUUACACCAUCACCACCAGCCUGGACUGUUGACACAAGGCAGGUUGGGUCCAUGGAUUCAUGCUGUUGGCACUGAAUUCUGACCCUACCAUCUGUAUGCCUCAGCAGAAAUCGAGAUUGAUCAGACCAGGCUAUGUUUUUCUGGUCUUCAACUUGUCCAGUUUUGGUGUGCCUGUGCCCACUGCAGCCUCAGCUUUCUGUUCUUGCCUGACAGAAGUGAAACCCGACAUGGUCUUCUGCUGUUGUAGCCCAUCCGCCUCAAGGUUUGAUGGGUUGUGCAUUCUGAUAUGCUUUUCUGGUCACCCCAAUUGUACAAAGUGCUUAUCGGAGUUACUGUAGCCUUUCUGGCCAUUCUCCAUUGACCUCUCUCAUCAACAAGGUGUUUCCGUCUGCAGAACUGCCAUUCACUGGAUGUUUUUUGUUUUUUGCACCAUUCUCAGUUAACUAUUGAGACUGUUUCUAAUAAAGUGCUCAGUGAGUAUAUGUACUUUAUGUAUGUACACUCUGAGCACUUAAGUCUAAUAAAUACCUAAUAAAGUCGUAUGCUGCUAUAUCCUGUCCACGUAGAGAUUUGACGUGUGUUCAGAAAUGCUCUUCUGCAUACCACUGUUGUAAUGUGUUGUUAUUUACAUUAUUGUCACCUUCCUGUGAGCUUCAGCCAUUCUGGGCCUUCUCCUCUAACCUCUCUCAUUAACAAGGCGUUUCUGCCCACAGAACUGCUGCUCAUGCUGGGUGUUUUGUUUUUUCCACCAUUCUUUGCAAACUCUAGUGUGCGUGAAAAUCCCAGGAGAUCAGCAGUUUCUGAGAUACUCUAACCACCCUGUCUGCCACCAACAAUCAUUCCAUGGUCAAAGGCACUUAGAUCACAUUUUAUAUCCAUUCUGAUGGUUUCAUAUGAACAUUAACUGAAGCCUGUGACCCGUAUCUACAUUGCACUACUGCCACACAAUUGGCUGAUUAGAUAAUCGCAUGAAUAAGUAGGUGUAAUAAAGUAAAAAUGUUCCUAAUAAGGUGCUCGGUGAGUGUAUGUGUGUGUGUGCGCAUGCAAGCAUAUGUAUGCAUAUCUGUAUGUAUGUAGUGUAUUAAAGAUGAUGCGUUUCGUCUA